CACUGCUGUCUGAUACCGGGAUACCAGAGCACCAACAGCUUACCAUUUCAGAGCAUUAUCUGCUUUUCUUCAUCACUGCAUUUCUUCAGAACAUUAUCUGUAACUUUUCAAAAUGGUACAGAUAUCGGUAUCAACAUAAACUAAGUUGGAAAACCCACUAAAAAUCACAUCAAAUACACCCCAACAGUUACCGGAACUUGAACUGGAUUGUGGGAAAAGUAGGCGUGAUAUCAACUUCCUGUUGUAGUCUAGUUUCACUUUACAGCAUGUGAUGUAAAAACAAACGACUGUUGUUAGUGGCUUUCAAGUGUUUAAUGCAUAGAGAACAGGAUGAAAACUCUAAUUUUGGAUGUUCAAAAUGAACAGGAACCGAAAUUCGUUUUAGAAUCUAAUGAGGCUGAUCCUAUCCCAGAUAAAUAUGACGUAGUUGUCCAAGUGAAGGCAUGUGCAUUGUCGACGCCUAAUAUCAAGGUUCUUUCAGAUGUGUACAGGAAGCACCCUCGCAGUAGAUACCCUGUAGGGUAUGAGGUGGCUGGUGUUGUCACGGAAACUGGGCCUGGUGUCAGUAAUGUAACUAUUGGUGAUUCGGUUGUUGGUAUUGUGUCCCUGGGAAGUCAUUACUCUGGCUGUGGGGAGUAUUGUCUACUCUCGGAAUAUGACGUUGUAAAGAAGCCAGACCGGCUGAGUUAUGAAGAGGCAGUAGCAGGAAUUGGAGACUGUUUAAAGGCCUAUACUGCUAUGUACUAUCAGGCUCAUGUUUGUGGAGGUGAUACGGUCCUUGUUAUAGAUGGUGCCACCUCAUUCGGAAAUGUUGCCAUACAGUUAGCUAGUCUCUGGGGAGCAAAGGUGAUUUCUACGGCUAGUAGUAAUGAAGAAAGAGGAAUUCUGGAAAAUCUAGACACCCCAAUAGCACAGAUAAUUGACCUUGACCAGAGAAGUAACAUCCUGGUCAGCAGUGUGAUGGAGGAGACAGGAGGUGUGGGGGUGGAUGUUGUCGUUGACAAUGGGGUCAGACAAUUUAAUGAUGAAGAGGACCAGAAGGUUGUGGGUGAAAACUUAAGGUAUCCCAAACCACACAAGCAUGAUGUCAUUUCCUGUCUAGGGGCCUCUGGGAAGUGGAUUACACAACAAUCUUCUCUUCAGUUGGAUCCACCAGACUGCCAGCGAUUGUUUCUUCGAGGAGGAAGCGUUCAUUUCCUGUUUGAGAACAUAUGGACUCUGGCAUACUCCCAACAUGGACGAUUUCAGCACAUUCUCCAGGAUACAAUAGAAAAACUGGAACGAGGAACAGUCAAGUGUAAAAUAUCAAAAACUUUCACACUCGAUGAUGCAGUUGAUGCCAUGAAAAAUCUAGAAGAAUUUCGUACGGGAAAAGUCAUAGUCAAGAUCUAGAGUGCAUUUCUCUUUCUCAUCUUCACAUUCUUUUGUCCCUGUUAUACUAUAUGUUGUGGUUGGUAUUUCUGUAUAAAUUGCAUGCAAGGUUUUUCUCUGCAGAAAGAAUAAAUGAGAAAAAUAUU